GAUCAGCUACAAGACCGCCUAUAGGAGAGGUGUAAGGACCAUGUACAGGCGACGCUCUCAGUGUUGCCCAGGCUUCUAUGAAAGUGGAGAACUGUGUGUUCCACUGUGCACAGAAGAGUGUGCCCAUGGACGAUGUGUCUCUCCUGAUACUUGCCAAUGUGAGCCAGGAUGGGGAGGACUGGACUGCUCCAGUGGCUGCGAGAGUGACUUUUGGGGUCCACACUGCAGUAACCGCUGUCAGUGCCGCAACGGUGCCAAAUGUAACCCAAUAACAGGAGCGUGUGUCUGCACUGACGGCUACCAGGGCUGGCGCUGUGAGGAGCCCUGUGACCCCAACUUCUAUGGCAAAGACUGCCUGCUGGAGUGCCAGUGCCUUAAUGGCGCUACCUGCCAUCACCAGACUGGCGAGUGCCUCUGUGCACCUGGAUACACUGGGGCCUUCUGUGAGGAACCUUGUCCUCCAGGUAAACAUGGCCCCCUGUGUGAGCAUCACUGUCCCUGUCAGAAUGGUGGAACAUGUCACCAUGUCACUGGGGAGUGUUCCUGUCCAGCUGGCUGGAUGGGUCCAGUGUGUGCCCAGCCAUGUCCAUUUGGAUCUUUUGGCAUUAAUUGCUCCCAGGAUUGCACGUGUCGUAACGGAGGGCUAUGUGACCAUAUCAGCGGUCAGUGCCAGUGCACAGCUGGCUACAUUGGAGAAAG